AUAAGGGAAUCACGCGCUAGUAUCGUAAUCAGCAACCCCUCAUUCGCAUCACAAUCAUGGUGACGCUUGCUUGAAACGGAAGUGGUCGUUACACUUGUUGACUAAUUUCUUUUUGUUUAGUAAAUCGUUUUUUUUUUAACAUGUGACUCAAAGAGUUUUGGGCACCAGCCUGUGUCAAUCUUUUGAAAGGGUUUGAGACAUAUUUCUGGGUUUAUUCAUUUUUUGAGUACACGAGUAAUUUAACUCACCCUCUGAUUACUGCGCGUGUGCACUGCAUUAUAUAAAUAUUUUCAAGAUGCUAUUCAAGGCAUAAAUUUUCUGACAAAAAGCACAAAGCUGAGGGAUUUUCACUAUGGGAAAACUCCUCAGUCUUUUGGCUCGUGACGAGUCGACCUGCUGUACUCCGCAAAAAUAUGACGUCUUCCUGGAUUUCGAGAACGCUCAACCAUCCGAAAAUGAAAGAGAUACAUUUGAAGCCGUACAACGAGUUUUAAAAAAUUCUGAAUCUAUUUUAGAAGAGAUUCAGUGCUACAAAGGUGCUGGUAAGGAAAUUCGAGAAGCAAUUUCUAUUCCUACACAAGAAUGCCAGCGCAAGGCGUACCUGACUGUCGUACCUCUUGUGGCUAAACUGAAAAGAUUCUAUGAAUUUUCUUUAGAACUUGAACGUGUUGUGCCAGAAAUUUUGGGUCAAUUAUGCUCUGGGAAUCUAUCACCUAUGCAACAUCUUGAAACUCAGCAAGCACUUGUAAAACAAUUCGCAGAAAUUCUUGAAUUUGUCUUCAAAUUCGAUGAACAUAAAAUGAAAACACCAGCAAUUCAAAAUGACUUCAGUUAUUAUCGUAGAACGUUAACAAAAGCCAAAGACAAUCCAGAGAAUGAAUUAAUUGUAGGCAAUGAACUGGCCAACCGCAUGUCCUUAUUUUAUGCCCACGCCACACCCAUGCUUCACGUCUUAAGUCACGCUACUAUAACUUUCUUGAUGGAGAGGGAAGACAUACCACGAGAGAAUAUUACAGAGACCUUGGGGACAAUGGCAAAAGUUUGUUUAAGGAUGUUAGAAAAUUCAAAUCUAUUGGCCCAAUUUCAACGAGAAGAAACACAGUUAUUUGUUUUACGAGUAAUGGUUGGGCUAGUUAUCCUUUACGAUCAUGUUCAUCCACAAGGUGUUUUCUUUAAAGGCUCUAACGUUGAUGUAAAAGGGUGUGUAAAACUUUUAAAAGACCAACCGUCUUGCAAAAGCGAGGGUUUAUUGAAUGCUUUAAAAUAUACAACAAAACAUCUCAAUGAAGAAAAUACACCAAAAAAUAUAAAAAAUCUUCUAGCAGCAUGAUUAUCAAAGCAACGUGGUUGUUGUAUUCGAAAUUGAAACAAAAAUAUAUUUUUUUUUAUUUGGUAUCACUUAAAGCCAUUCUUAGACAGUGGCCCCUACUUUUUAAAAAUAUGCAAUGACUUUCAACUGUAAUAACCAUAUUAAAAUUUAAUUAAUUGAGUGAAAAAAAUUUAAAACCUAAUUGAGAAAAGGACAACGUAGUCGUAAUUUUUCCGAGAUUUAGAUUUAAAAAAAUUACUUACAGUUUUUAUCAAUUACCCUAGCGGACCUAAUUUACCGCAAAUUUACCGUAUAUUGGGUCCGUUCGGGUAAGAGUUAAACGAAAUUUGUGAAAUAAAUUAUAGCCUAAAAUAUUCUAAAAUUCGAAUUGUAAAUCGACAUGAAGAUUUUACUGAAAUUUAUUAAACAAUUUUGUUUAACUCUCAAUUGAUAUCAACUUUGAGUAAUUUUUAAAAAUCUAUAUCUCAGCGAAAUUACGACUACAUUGUCCUUUUUCUAAUUAAUGCUUUAAUUUUUUUUUUCAAUUAAUUGAUAAAAUUUUGAUACACUUGUGACAGUUCGGCAGCUCAAUUUCAAAACACAGUAAGUGACAAAUUUUUCAAAAUCAAUUUUUUAGUAUUUUUAGUUCCAGUGGGGUCUUGUGGACAUGAUUCAAUUCAUACUUAAAAAAUUUUAUUUUUGUCAGUUAUUGUGUUUUGAAAUUGGACAGCAGAGUUGAAAAUCAUUGAAAAUUUUUAAAAAGUGGGGGCACUGUCUGUGAAUGGCAUUAAAUGAACAAAAUAAAUUAUAUGAAUGAUAACUUUAUCAAAAAAUCUAUGUCAGAUUGUAUGAGAAUAUAUACAGAAACAAACAUAUAAAUUUGAAUAGGAAUCCAUGUAGGAAAAUGCGGGUAUCUAUUCCUAUAUAUAAAUUUAUGCUGGAUUCCCACGUGGAUUUUUUUGAUAAGGAACUUUAAAUACACUAAUACAGCGGGAAACUGCCAAGUGAUUUAAUUGGUUAAAUAAAUAUUCAAACAGUAAUAAUAAGAAUUUAUUAUUGUAAUCAUUUAAUUGAAUUAAUUCAAUAAAUAAAUAAUUACCAUUAUUAUUAGAACGAAUAUAUUGUAGUAUAUCAGCAACUUGCACACAUAUUGUGAUUUAUGUAAAUUAUGAUAUUAGUUUGCCUUCUUAUUUUAAGUACAAUUUUAUAAUAAUUUUAUCUAUUAUAACUUUCUUAUGAAGCGACGAAAAAAUAAAAUUGGGAACAUGACAUCUUACAAAGCUAAAUUAAUAAAGUGAGAUGAAGAUUCAAACUUUAUUAUGCAUGUAACAGAUUUUUUAAAAUUAUAAAUAAUGGAAAGUGUAGAAUUAAUUUUGAUUUGUAUUCUGAUAUAAUUAGCAAUAAUUUAUCUUUGAGAAAUGAUCUGAAAAAUAAAUGAAUAUUUAAUUCUGGCUAAACAAACUUUAAAACAAGCAAAAAAUAAAAAUGUAUGAUAACUUGGCAACGAACGAUGAUAUAUUGCUCACCCUUCAUGUUGAACUUGGUACUCUAAAAAACUAAAUAAUUUACAAAAACAUAAUGAAAACAAAUUUAAACAAAUUAUCACAGAUAAUUAACCAAAGAUAUAUGUAUAUUGUAAAUUGCAUAAAAUUAGAAAACAUUAAUAUUAUUCUUAAAAUUUAUGAUCUUAUAUAAAAUGUAUAUUGCAAGAGAGAAAAAUUUUAUUAAUAAAUAAAAAUAUAUAUG